AUGGCCUGUCAUCGCGAGAGCUCUUCCACCGAAAUUCCGCAGACGCGUCCAACGAUGAUAUCACUCCAAUCUCGCUGUCGGACUAUUGCUCGAGAGCCGACGGCACUUCCUGCCGAUGUCGACGCCCGGAGUCCCCAUCAGGUAUCCGUACAGGAACGAUGGGCCUCUGUACGGGUCCUGGGAACCUCAGAAUCGGCCCUGGCCAGUGACCUCAUACGCACUCAGUCACUGCCCAAUGCCGAGUGGCUCAGUAGUCUCUGCGAGUCUGGAAAUGACAAACCGUCGCCGAGAAAGAGGUCCUAG